GAAGACAUUGAAAACACCGAUCGUUCCGCCUUCGGCCUUCGUAGUACGAAAGCCCAUCGCGCCGCGGCAUCAGCCUGGCUCAACGCACAAUCCUCUCUCGAUCGCGAACAGAUGUUCCGUAGCAAUGGUAUACGCUACUCCGAGCUGCUUCGCCUUCCAUAUUGGAACCCUGUGGCGUACGUCGUUGUGGAUUCAAUGCACGACCUCUACCUCGGCAUUCUACAGCGCCAUAUCCGCGAUUUCUGGGCAAUCAGU